AUGGCGACGACGCCUCUGAGCCUCUCAUCGGUCUUCUCCUCGAAGCUAUCUACCACUCACUCAAUCUUUCCCACUCGACGGAAGGAACUCAAUCGGCGUCGGAUCAUCGUCGUCACGUCCAGCGCCGGAGGUGGAGGAAAACCGACGAUUCUCGUGGCGGAGAAGCUCGGCCAAGCGGGGAUAGACCUUCUGAGAAAGUUCGCCAACGUGGAUUGCUCUUAUGAUCUGAGCCUCGAGGAGCUCUGCACGAAGAUCUCCCUCUGCGACGCGCUGAUCGUGAGGAGCGGCACGAAAGUCGGGAGAGACGUGUUCGAGUCGUCGCGCGGGAGGCUUAAGGUCGUGGGACGCGCCGGGGUCGGGAUCGAUAACGUCGAUUUAGCUGCUGCGACGGAGUACGGCUGUUUGGUUGUCAAUGCUCCGACUGCGAACACGGUGGCUGCUGCCGAGCACGGGAUCGCGCUUUUAACCGCCAUGGCUAGGAAUGUCGCUCAAGCUGAUGCUUCUAUCAAAUCUGGCAAGUGGAUGAGGAGCAAAUACGUGGGCGUUUCGCUUGUGGGGAAGACGCUUGCGGUUCUUGGAUUCGGUAAAGUUGGAUCAGAGGUUGCUAGACGAGCCAGAGGGCUUGGGAUGCAUGUCAUCACACAUGAUCCUUACGCGCCGGCGGAUCGUGCGAGAGCCAUCGGUGUGGAGCUGGUUAGCUUCGAAGUAGCUAUCUCAAACGCGGACUUCAUCUCUCUGCAUUUGCCUCUCACCGCUGCUACGUCGAAGAUGCUGAACGAUGAGACGUUUGCGAGGAUGAAGAGAGGGGUUCGUAUUGUCAACGUUGCUCGUGGUGGAGUUAUCGACGAGGAAGCUCUGUUGAGGGCGCUUGAUUCGGGGAUCGUUGCUCAGGCGGCUCUUGAUGUUUUCACGGUGGAGCCGCCUGUUAAGGAUAACAAGUUGGUGUUGCAUGAGAGUGUCACUGCCACGCCUCAUCUUGGUGCCAGUACUAUGGAGGCUCAGGAAGGAGUGGCUAUAGAGAUUGCAGAAGCUGUUGUUGGAGCUUUGCAAGGAGAACUUGCAGCUACAGCGGUCAAUGCACCAAUGGUUCCACCUGAGGUGUUGAGGGAGCUGAAACCGUAUGUGGUGCUGGCGGAGAAGCUUGGGAGGCUGGCGGUUCAAUUGGUAACAGGUGGAAGCGGCGUGAAUGCUGUGAAAGUGACUUACGCGUCUUCAAGAUCACCGGAUGAUCUCGACACGAGGCUGCUCCGUGCAAUGGUGAUAAAGGGAAUCAUCGAGCCGAUUUCCAGCGUGUUCAUAAACCUGGUUAACUCGGACUACGUAGCUAAACAACGAGGAGUCAAAAUCUCGGAGGAACGCAUGGUUCUAGACGGCUCCCCUGAGAAUCCAAUCGAGUACAUAACUGUUUGCAUCGCAAACGUGGAAUCAAGAUUCGCCAGCGCGUUAUCUGCGUCGGGAGAGAUCAAAGUGGAAGGCAGAGUGAAGCAAGGUGUUCCAAGUCUGACCAAAGUGGGGUUGUUUGGAGUUGAUGUGAGUUUAGAAGGGAGUGUGAUUCUGUGCAGGCAAGUUGAUCAGCCUGGGAUGAUCGGUAGAGUUGGUAGCAUUUUAGGAGAUGAGAACGUGAACGUGAGCUUCAUGAGCGUCGGUCGAAUAGCUCCGGGGAAGCAAGCGGUGAUGGCUAUUGGAGUAGAUGAACAACCAAGCAAAGAGACUUUGAAGAGAAUCGGAGACAUUUCCGCCAUUGAAGAGUUUGUUUUCCUCAAACUAUAG